UUCACUCACAUAAACAUUUUCAAGAUCGUAAAGAAAUAUCUUUUUUUUUUCGGGUCUUCCUCUCCACGAUUGACGAUUAGUUUACAGAGAUGAAUAAGUCGAGUUAUGCCAAGUUAAUAACUUCAGCUUUUCUGUUUCUCUUCUUAAUUAUACUUCUUUUGGCCUUUCAAGGUGGAUCAAGAGGUGACGAUCAUCAGUAUGUUCAUGUGGCCAUCGGAACAAAGGAUAUCUCGACGGGACGAAAGUUAAAAUAUCUGAAACCACAAACUGAAUCGCUGACGCUAAUCAAUACUCCAAAAAAGAAGGACGGGUUUCAUGAGUAUUCAGAUCAAAAAUCGUAUCAUUUAUCAGAAAGGGAUGUAUUUGUCGAUCUAAUGGCUAGGGACUACCGAGGACCAAAAAGCAGAAAGCCCCCAAUCCACAAUUGACGGCUACGUACGUAGUGUCAUUGAUAACUAAAGUUAAAUUACUAAUUAAAUUUAUAAAAUAAACGAACAAAAGUUUUAUAUAUUAUGAUGUUUUUGU